AUGGAGAAUACAACCACUGUGGAGCCUGCGGGCCAGCACGACAACCUUACGACUUCAAACAACCAUACACGACUGAAUGGAUCGCUUAUCGAGGACACAACCAACACCACCGAUGGGGGUGACGACAUCGCCGACGGAAACAAGAAGAUAGCUCGGGUCGACUAUAUCGGCUAUGUUAUAGUGCCACUUUUCUUCAUCCUCGGCAUCUGCGGUAACACACUCACCAUCACCGUCAUGCUCGGAAAGAAGUUCAGGGCGAGAACCAGCAGCCUCAUCCUCAUCGCGCUCUCUGUGUCUGACAUGAUCUACACCUUUAUCAUGCCCUUCAACAAAAAAUUCCUCCGGAAUAUGUUGGGUUUCGAUGUAAGAGCCUUAUCCUCUUUUGGCUGCUCUCUCUUCUUCAUCGUCCACAAGACCAGCAAGAUGUCUUCAUCCUGGUUCAUUGUCUUCAUCAGCUUUGAAAGGUUCAUCGCCAUAGUUUUUCCUCUCAAGACGAAAUUAAUCUGCACGAAAAGGAACACCACCAUAGGCAUAGUCAUCGUCUUCAUCGGACAGCUCAUCUUCAAUGGUAUAUGGGACUUCAAUACCAAGGUAGUCAAUGGCAUCUGCAUCCCCAACUAUGGAACCCCAGAGACGGCCGUCCUCAGCAAGACAUACCUGGUCAUUGGAACCUUCCUGUAUUCAUUACUUCCGGUAGGCAUCCUUCUGGUUCUGACGCCGAUUACAGUCUUCAUGCUUGCGCGCCGGGCUUCGAAAAGACGGGCCAUAACCAGCAACAAAACCCUCAGAGAUGAUACGGUUAAACUGACAACCAUGUUGAUUGGAGUCACCAUCGCCUUCAUCAUCCUCGUGACACCCAUCUCUAUCGCCCACAACGUCUCCUUCGCCCUUGGAGAGAAUAUCUUUGAGACCCAACACUUUGGGAUGAUGGUGGCUCGAGAGAUCCUACAGGUCAUGGAACAAUUGAAUUACUCCAUCAACUUCCUGCUUUAUGUCAUGUGCAGUGCGGACUUCCGGAAGAGAUUGGCCGAACUGUUCUGUCAGGUACGGAGCACCAAAUCAGCAAACAAGGCAUGCUCUGCGAAAAGGACUGCGUCGACCUCCAACAAAGUUACCGACACCGAGGAACAGGCCUCUUAG